UGCGGUCGAGCGUCCGUCACGCUGCGCGCGAUGCUGCCCUGGACCGCGCUCGGCCUGGUGGUGAGCUUGCGGCUGGCGCUGGCGCUGAGCCACGCGGAAAGCGGCUCCGCAUCAUCAGCCCCCCGGGGAGACCUGUUGUUCCUGCUGGACAGCUCGGCCAGUGUGUCACACUACGAGUUCUCCCGGGUCCGGGAGUUUGUGGGGCAGCUGGCUGCUCCGCUGCCCCUGGGCCCUGGGGCCCUGCGGGCUAGCCUGGUGCAUGUGGGCAGUCAGCCCUACACCGAGUUUCCCUUUGACCAGCACAGUUCAAGCCAGGCUGUCCAGGAUGCCAUACGCGCUGCCACCCAGCGAAUGGGUGACACUAACACAGGACUGGCACUGGCAUAUGCCAAGGAGCAGCUGUUUGCUGAAGAAGCGGGUGCCCGGCCAGGGGUGCCCAAGGUACUGGUGUGGGUGACAGACGGGGGCUCCAGCGAUCCUGUGGGGCCACCCAUGCAGGAACUCAAAGACCUGGGUGUCACUGUCUUCAUUGUCAGCACUGGCAGGGGCAACCUGCUAGAGCUGUCAGCAGCUGCUUCGGCCCCUACUGAGAAGCACCUGCAUUUCGUGGACGUGGAUGAUCUACACAUCAUCGCUCAGGAGCUGCGAGGCUCCAUUCUCGAUGCUGUGCAGCCUCAGCAGCUCCACGCCUCGGAGGUCACACCUAGCGGCUUCCGCCUGGCCUGGCCACCCCUGCUGACUGGGGACUCGGGCUACUACGUGGUGGAGCUGGUGCCCAGCGCCAAGCCCGGGGCUGUGAGACGCCAACAGCUGCCUGGGAACGCCACGGGCUGGACGUGGGCGGGCCUCGAACCGGACACAGACUAUGACGUGGCCUUGCUACCCGAGUCCAACGUGCGCCUCCUGAGACCCCAGCACGUGCGAGUGCACACGCUGCCAGAGGAGCCGGGACCCGAGCGCAUUGUCCUCUCGCACGUCAGACCGCGCAGCCUCCGCGUGAGCUGGGCUCCCGCGCUGGGUCCCGCCACCGCGCUGGGCUACCAUGUGCAGCUCGGCUCGCUGCGGGGCGGCGCGGUGCAGCGCGUGGACGUGCCGGCCGGCCACAACAGCACCACCGUCCAGGGCCUGGCGCCCAGCACCGCCUACCUGGUGACCGUGACCGCCGUCUUCCGCUCUGGCCGCGAGAGGGCGCUGUCGGCCAAGGCCUGCACGCCCGCGGGAGAGCGCAGCCGCGCCCCGCGUCCACGCCGCCCCACGCCGGGGGACGCGGCGCCUGAGCCGCCCGCCCCGCCAUCCGAGGGCUCCUCGUCCCCAGCCCAGUGGGUGCCGAAGCCGAGGUUGUGCCCUGGGGGAUAGGGUGCCGGCCCCGCCUUUGCCCCGCGAGACCCCCCCAGUCCUCUUCCCGCAGGCCUGCCCGCCGGUUCCCCUGCCGCAUCCCUGGCAGUACUGUGCCAGCCCAGACCUGGGCACCAUUUGGCGGGGAGAUGGACACGGUGUCUGAGGGUGGGUCGAGUACAUCAGACCCAGAACUGGCCCCCGGCCCAGGACCGGAGGCCACGGCCUCUGUGAGAAGUCCGGCCCUCUGGUCGGAGGGCCGGCAUGGGUUGGAGGGAGUGCCCAGGGCCACUCAGGUUUGCCCAUGGAUAGAAAGUGGAGAGGGAAAGGGGAAAAUCUGGUGCCGACACGGGUCCCCAAAGGGUUCGUGAGGGGACGGAAGGACAGGGAGGGGUACUGGGAGGCUGAUGGUGUGACCAGGUAGUCUUCACCAAGACUGUGCCAGGCUGGUGGUCAGUGCCUGCUGGGGCCACUGGUCCUGACUUCCUGCCCUGGACCCAGAUUGGGCCCAGCUAUCAGAGAGCACCUUUUGGGAGGAAUGGAACCAGAGUCUGGCAUUGGGGACCUUGAUGACAGGAGUGCCCCUACCACUGAGGCCAGCAAUCAGGAGGCUUCUCCCCCUUCAGGGUGGGAGUCCUCCCUGGGAAUGGACACAAGGUUUCCCUGGGUGGAUUCACCAGGACUCUGCAACAUUUGACCCUGAGGAUCGUGCACAGGGCUGCCUCCAGCUAGUCAUUAUCUACUGCCCGGGGGCUCUGGACAAAUUGCCAAGGGCAGUGAGGACCUGGCUGUCCCUGCAGCCCCCAGUUCUCCCGGAAUUGCCUAAACCCAUGCUCAU